AUGGCUAAAACAAAGAAAGUAUUUGGUGGUAGAAAUAAAAUCACACCUUACAAUAAGUUUAUGAAAACCGAACUCCCAAAAGUAAAGAUUGACAACCCAAAGAUUAGUCAUAAAGAAGCCUUCAAAUUAGUUGCUCAAAGAUGGAAAGAUUCACCUGAAAAUCCGAAGAACGUUCAAGAACCGCCGGCUGAAUAA